AUGUACAGUAACUUCCAGGUGAGUAAAGGAGGCGAGGUGCUAAAACUGUACAAUGAAGUGGAGGCAAAGUGCCUGGAGUGCCUGAUGAGAGACCCGCUGAGACCCUUUGUCCCACAGUACUAUGGCUUGGUCACGAGAGGGGAGCACCGCUACAUCCGCCUGGAGGACCUGGUGAGCGGCCUGAAGAGGCCAGUCAUCGUGGACUGCAAGAUGGGCGUCAGAACGUACCAAGAGGAGGAAUUAAUCAAAGCUCGUGUCAAAGCUCCCCUGCGGAGCGACAUGUACCAGAAGAUGGUGAAUAUGGACCCUUCUGCUCCAUCAGCGGAGGAACAUGCACAGAAGGGGGUGACCAAAUGGCGCUACCUCCAGUGGAGGGAUUCAAUCAGUUCUACGUCCACGCUGGGCUUCAGGAUAGAGGGCAUUAUGAUGGAGGAUGGCAGCGUCCAGCGGGACUUCAGAAAGAUUCAGACUUUAUCUCAGGUCACUGAGGUAUUGCUUUACUUCACCAGGAGUCAGCUGAACACUCUGAUGCUCAUUUUCAACUUCAUAUUUUUGUUACUGGCCUCUGCCACCAGAACUUUGUAUGAAUCAUGA